AUAAAAAGCUUCUAAGGCAUAGUUUGUUAAAGCAUAUGUAUAUUUUUAAGAACAGUGAUAACAUUCAAGACAAAUUAAUUUUUUUCAGGAAUUGCAUUAGGAAUAUGUCAUGGCUUCCACUUGCUAAUCUUUGCUGGAUUAUCUAAAAUAAUCAGUUAAAAUUUAAAGUGCAACCCCCAAAUUUAAACAAUGCUGAAAAUUAAGCACAAGUGAAGAAACAUGCUUACUCAUUUUGCACCUAGAUAAAAGAUCAGUCUUCUUAAGCUGACCUUUUAAAAUACUGCAUUGGAUAUAAGAACUGCAUAAAACUACAAUAUCAUAUAAAUGUGAGCACAGUAAAAGCACAUCAACAAAAGCCACUGAUGGGAGCAUGGGGAUUCAGUAAAAUCCCAAUUAUCAGAUCAACAUACCUUAAUAUGGAAUAAUAAUUUCAUUAAUUUCUGUGUAGCAACAAAACUAAGCAUAAGUGUUAGGGAAACUUCAACAGGUGUACAAAUUAUUAAAGAUAGCCAGUAGUCUUUGGAGUUUUUGAAAAUGGGUGUUUGAAGGAGUCAGUCUCUUCAAUAUUAUCGUGCAUGGGAUGGUAUUCAAUGGGUGCUGACUACUUUCCCCUGAGAAUCAAACUCCCCUGUAACAUAUCAAGCCAGUCAAAUUGGAAACAGAAAGCCCUGUGCUUGAAAGGUUUCACUUUCCAUAAUAGACAAAGACAUAAUAGACCAAGUGUCCAGCUCAAAACCAAAAAAAAUGUACAAUUGUGUUUGAAAGUAUCUUGGUCUGGCCGUAUCACGGCAUUGACUGAAUCUUACACAUUUCCAACCCGCUCUCUUUGUCAUUUCAGGGGAGAAAUGACCAACAACGGUGAGAAUUGCAGUUUUACAGCCAUUGACAGGUUGGCAUGGACUGUGCAGCUGGGGAUCUCCAUCCCCACCUUCCUCCUUGGGCUGGUUCUCAACAGCCUGGCCGUGGCUGUGUUCUGCUGCUUCUGGAGAAAGCAGACCAAGACCUCUGUGUACAUGAUCAGUCUGGUGCUGGCAGACGUCCUGCUGCUCCUCUCGCUGCCACUAAAGCUGUACUACUCUGUCACCAAGGUGUCUGGGCUGCUGUGCUCCUUCAUACAGGCUCCUUACUUCGUCAACACCUACACCAGCAUCUUCAUCAUUGUCUGCAUCACUGUGGACAGGUACAUCUGCAUAAGGUACCCGUUUGAAGGUCGAGCUAACCAAUCCCCCAGGUGGGCUGUCUGGGUUUGCUGCUUCAUCUGGGCAGUAGCUUGGAUCUGCAGCAGCCCAAUUUUUGUGUUUCACAAGAAGGAGCCCAUUAAAUGCUUUCACAACAUGUCAGACCAGACGUGGAGUGUCCCCUUCAUUGUUUCUGUGGAAAUAUUUGGGUUUCUGAUCCCGCUUGCAGUGAUGGUGUUCUGCUCUGCUCAAACCAUCUGGAUUCUUCUGAAUCACAGAACUCCUGACCAAAGGAAUGUAGAAGAAAGUGGCUCCCUGCGAGUAAUCAUCAUCAACCUGGUGGUGUUUUUGGUGUGCUUCACGCCUGUCCACCUUGGGAUCUGCCUGCAGUGCCUGGUGAGGCAGCACGUGAUCGUGGGCUGCAGGAUGAAGCAGACCAUCAGCCUGUUCCUCCAGGUGUCCAUGACAUUUGCCAACGUGAACUGCUGCCUCGAUGCCAUCUUCUACUACUUUGCUGCAAAGGAAUUCUGUAAGAAAGCACACCUGAAAAGGGUGGUUGAGCUGUGUCCUGUCUUUAACCCCUGUGCCAUGCGACAGCACUGCCAGCAGUGGGAGAAUGCCCCUUGCCAGGACACUGAGAGCGUUGUGCCUGACAUGGCAGGGACUGUGCCAUAGGGAGAAGGACAAGGUUUUUCCAGUGAAUGCAAACCUGUUCCAUAUUUUUUUUCCCUUUAAAAAUAAAGGAGAAAAAAAGUUAGAUUAAGGAACCAGCAUUAGCGAAGUGACAGACUGACACCAAAAGAAGCAUUAGCCUUGACGGUAUCUACAAAAUGUGAAAAGCUUGCCAGAGGAAAACUAACCAGAUCAUGGGAAUGUUUUUUAACAUCAGCUUUUAUCGUAGCUGCACCAGUUUUUACAUAUGUGAUCAGAAAGGUGUUGCUAAGAGCAAGUACAGAAAUAACUGUUUGUAACCUUUCUAACCUAGAAGGUAUCUUGGCAGUUAAGAAGCAGUAUCCAGCCAGAAGUCUCACUCUGCAGAAGGUCACUGUUGGAGCUCCUCUGCUUUGGGCAGCUUGGCCAGCCUGGGACAGCAGGGACUCCUCCCUUCUGGAAGCAUCGUGGACUGCUCAGAGCUGUUAUGAAGGACAGCAGUUUUUGCUCUUUCAUGGAGGACAUGCUGCCCAGAAUAGAAAUCCAAGGGACCACCUCAGGUACCAGCCAUUCCUGAGCAACAAACUUUCCUGAUUACCUAUGCUGAGGAAUCAUCGUGGCUUUCUCCUGCAAUUUGAAAACUGGUUUUGCCUGUGUAAAUCAAAACAACCCAUUCAAAUAUAAGACUUAGAGAAAGACUGAAUGUGUUGAACUGUGUUUCUACAUCAGUGCAUUUCUAUCAAAGAUACAACACAUGUAUGAAAUUCUUCUGCCUGUCUUCUUGUUCCUUCUUGGAGCAGGGGAAUUAAGAAAGCAAGCCCUGCAUCACAGAAGAUUAGGGAGUGAUUGAUACUCUGCUCUCUCCCAGCUAGAAGAGUGGACCAGCUCUAUCCAGCUCAUUCCUUAGGGAAGUCCUUCUAGCCUGUGCUGUACACUUCUCUAAACAUCUCUGGGCUUGCUGAACCCUUCAGGUCAGCACUUCUGGGUUGUCACCGCCCUGAGGCCAUUUGCAAAUGUAGCUCUGACUCUAAUCUAAAGGUUUCUUUGUUGCAAUUUAACACAAGCAUUUGUUGAACCCUUAUCUGGUUGGUGCUUAUAACCAGAAACACUUUCACCAAAAAAAAAAAAAAAAAUUCUUUGCCUUUCUAAAAUAGCUGUGGAAAUAGUCUAAGACUGCCGAUAGUCAAGUUUCUGGAGCAGAUAUUCUCUCUAUUCAAAAUGUGAAAAGAAAUUACCUUCUCUCUAUGGCAAAUUAAAAAAAAAAGGGAUCCAGUUUUGCAAAUACAAUUUGCUGUCCAUCAAUUUCCAUAUAAAUUAUUGACUGUGCAAGUAGGCAGCUGCACAGUGGGCCUAAUAUGAACAUAUAGUGGGCCUAAUAUGAACAUUUAAAAACUCAUUAGUACUAAAACUAUGACCACAAGUGAGGUGAAGAAAGAUUUUUAUCAUCAUCUUCGCUGCUUUCUGUAAAGGAGCAAGAGGAAGAGCUUUGGGAAACAGUAGAUUUUCUAAACAUUAUUUGUUACUACCCUGAGCACUCAGAAACGUACAGAUUUUCAAUAUGGGUUAACCUUUCUUCUUUGCACCUUUUACAUGACUUUGCAUACAAAAUGUGUGUGUGAGAAAGAAAAAAUUUUACUAAAUGAACUGUACAUGUGAAGUGUAGGGUUUGAAAAUACAUUUUAAUUUCCCAGUUUGACAGCAGGAUGUAAUUCUCCUCUACCUGCACUAGCUGCCUAGAAAUUACUUGGCAGCAGCAAUUGUGACCCAUCACGCAAGGCUGGGAUUAUUAAAGUCAGGGCUAAUUAAGCUGCAAUAAGGGGCAGUGGUGGGAGCCAACGUGAGCCACUGCUCUCAAGGCUCAGCCUGCUCCUGGCUACAAACCCAGUCUACAAAAUCUGGAAGUUAAACUGGACUAUUUUCUUCCCAUGUGUUGCCACCAGUGCCACUUCUUUGUUGGCCUAAAGUGUUUUUAUGUAUAAUUUCAUUUGUCUAAAUUUUGCCUGUUGUGUAAGUAAAUGAGAGCAGCCUCACUAAGUGUGCUUGAAGUUUGAGAAAUUAAUUAAAUUAAAAUGAAAUUCAGAGAAAGAAGGAAGAAAACCCAGCUGUGUUGAUUUUACAGCCUGUUACAGUAGUCAUAAUUUUUAGCACAUAAAUGCUUUUUUGAGCAAGAAGGUGUCACUUUCAAUUCACUGCUUUUCAAGAUGAACUUACAUUCACAUAAUACACUUAAUUCCUGCCUUUUACCUGCAGCUAAGAAUGUAGUUCUUUCUAAAUCAGGAUUUUAGAAGCUCUGAUGGGAAAAACAAUAUUAACACUGGAACAUCUCCAGUUGUAUUUUUAUACCAUGACAAAGCGAUAAAAAUCCUUCUGCAGCUUGAGAAGAUAGACUGCAAUUCUGAUGAUGAAUAAAACUGAAAAGCAUUUGACAUUUUGAAAACCUGAAUCUUCCUGAAGGUUCAGUGCAACAGAAGUGUUUUCUUCUCUCUUGAUGUUAAUACACAGAAAAGUGAUGGAAACCUGAAUGUGAACCCCUCCCAUACUCAGGACUCUUCCCACUGCCUCAGUUGUACUAUAAAGUCAAAGAAGCACUGUCUUAGUGGGAAAAAAAUAAAAAUCAAGUGCAAACCGGGAAACACCAAAAACAAUGCCUUUAAAAAUUACAUUUUGAGUUCUGCCCUCUUCUGUGAAUUGAACAAAACCACAAUUGCACAAUUAACCAUGGACUUUACAGAGUUGCUGUAUUUCAUAUUGAUUUGUCUGGACAUUCUGGGCCAUUCCAGGCCACAGGUGAGAAUAUUCACAAAACAAAUUUUAUUUUUUAUCCAAUUAUAUCUCUCCAACUGGGCCAAACCUCACAGGUCUUCAUAACAUAGAAGAGAGUUCAUUUUUCUUGAGGGCAUUUUCAUCAAUGUCAGAUUACUCCCACGUUCUACAAUUAGCAUUUGUUCAGCCAUCAGUGUGAUCCCCCAAGCUGUAUUUUCUAGAUUCACACAACUGAAAGACAGCAGAGCAUAAAAGUAGUUUGGACAAAGGAGAAAAACCCAACGCCCAAUUCAAACAAACAAACAAGAACUUCCAGCAGACAAAACCACACAGGAUUUGUUCCCCAAAUUCUUUUCCUGUCCCUUUGCAUGGUGGGUUAUAUCAUCUUCAUUUGCCUGCUUGAGUACAGAACUCAGUGACACUUCACUAAUUUCUAGCACUACAAAACUACCAUCAAAAUGAUGCUGGACUUUUUGAAAAGUUCUAUUGCCCAAGAAGUUGCU